AUGGGGGACCAAUCUCAGGACACAAACGCAGGCGUGAGUGCCAGAGCCCACCGAAUAAAUACCAGGUCGCAAUCAGCAGCAAUCGUAUCACCGCCAGGCUCAAAGACCCCACCGAGCAUGCCCGCCAAGAAAACCGUCUUCUAUUCCGAUAACCUGGGCGACCUCCCACGAGCCGCAGAAGGAUCAGAGCCCGUCGAUGCUUCGGCGCUAGCGAAAGCUUUGAAAGAUUAUGGCGAGGCUGGUACCCAAAGAGAAAGGACUCCGGGUACAAGUCCUCAUCGAAAGAGGCAGCGAGUCUAUGGAGACCGUUUUAUUCCCAAUCGCGACGGUCAAGACCUGCAGGCAACUUACAGCCUGCUACAUGAAGAUGGCUGCCCUUCGACCCCAUCAAAGUCAAAGAGGCGCGCUCCUCAUUCGGAGCUUCAUUUCCAGAAGACGGAGGAAGCGAACCGAACAUUUUCUCGCGUCUUGCGCAGUGAGCUUUUUGGCAACACUGUUCCCCAGCCCGAUCUCAACACAGCAUCAUCCGAUCCACUUCUCGGCUUCUCGAAUGGCAUCAACGACAAAACCAGGUCACAUACACCUCCGGCCCAUAUUGUGGCCAAUCUUCCCCCCGCGAGCAUUACACCUUCAACCCCACACAAGAACCUCUUCAAUUACGGGCCCACAAGACCGGGAUCGGGCCAUCCUACCCCCUCCAAAACUCCAAGAAGCCACCAUGGACCAAACCUCAAUGUCCGCUCCGAACUCUACAGUCUUUCGCCUAUAAGAUAUGAUAGUCAACGCAUUCUCGAAACUCCGCGCAAGCAGCCCCGCUAUGUUAACAAGGUCCCUUACAAGGUUCUGGAUGCUCCCGACCUGCAAGAUGACUUCUACUUGAAUUUAGUGGAUUGGGGCAGCAGCAAUGUGCUGGGCGUCGGCUUGGCCAACUCGGUCUACAUGUGGAACUCCCAGUCCGGCCGUGUGACUAAGCUUUGUGAGCUGAAGGAUGAUACUGUGACCAGUGUCAACUGGAUUCAAAGGGGUACACAUCUAGCCAUCGGCACCGGGAAAGGUCUUGUGCAGAUCUGGGAUGCAGAACACUGCCGACGCCUCCGAACCAUGAUCGGCCAUACGAAUCGUGUCGGUGCUUUGGCAUGGAACGAUCACAUCCUGACAUCAGGCUCCCGAGAUCGUCUGAUUUAUCAUCGCGAUGUCCGCUCGCCUGAUCAGUACCUUCGCAAGCUAUCUGGCCACAAGCAAGAAGUGUGCGGCUUGAAAUGGAAUACUGAAGAUGGCCAACUGGCAUCUGGUGGAAACGAUAACAAAUUGAUGGUGUGGGAUAAGCUGAACGAAACACCCCUCUUCCGCUUUUCAGAUCACUGUGCGGCAGUCAAGGCCAUUGCAUGGUCGCCUCAUCAACAUCAUCUGCUCGCUUCGGGCGGUGGUACCGCGGACCGCACGAUCAAGUUUUGGAAUACAUCGACUGGCUCGAUGAUCAAGGAGGUGGACACGGGCAGCCAGGUGUGCAACCUUUCCUGGUCCAAGAACUCCGACGAGAUCAUCAGUACCCAUGGAUACAGUCAAAACCAGAUCGUCAUCUGGAAGUAUCCGCGCAUGGAGCAAAUUGUCUCUCUGACCGGUCACACAUUCCGCGUGCUAUACUUAGCUAUGAGCCCAGAUGGUCAGACCGUGGUCACCGGAGCUGGCGACGAGACGCUCAGAUUCUGGAAGAUCUUCGACAAGCGAGCCACAAGAGACUCACGGCGCGAGGGUAGCAAGCUUGCAGAAUGGGGCACCAUCCGCUAG